AUGACCACCGCAGUCCCCCUCAUCUACUCAUUCCCGGAAUUCUCAGGUGUCGCUGAAGCCGUGGCCGAUUUAGUCAUCACAGCCCAAAACAAGGCACUCACUAAAGACGACGAUGCUUCGCUGCGGAAACAGCUCAAGGAAUCGUCAAAGAGGUUCAAGAUCAGUAUCUCUGGUGGAUCAUUGAUCAACGUUUUGGUGGAAGGUCUCCUCAAUAGAGACGAUAUACAAUGGAAUAAAUGGGACAUUUACUUCAGUGACGAAAGAUUGGUGCCUUUUGACUCACCAGAAUCUAAUUACGGACAGGCAAAACGUAAAUUGUUCGACAAGUUGAAGACAAAACCAAACAUUUACCAUAUUGACGAAUCACUUCUUCAUGAUCCGCAAGAAUGCGCAGACAAGUACGAAAAGACCCUUAUCAAAGGCUUUGCCUCAAAGGACAGCGUCAAAUUGCCAAUGUUUGACUUGAUAUUACUAGGUUGCGCUCCAGACGGACACGUUGCCUCCUUGUUCCCCAACCAUGAGUCCCUUAGAGAAAACUACGCUUGGUGUGUCCCCGUUACAGAAGCCCCGGUACCUCCAAGGGAACGUAUCUCUCUCUCCAUACCGGUGAUUUGUCAUUCCCAUUUGGUUGCCUUUGUUGUGGAAGGCUCGACUAAGGCACCCGUCUUACGAACCAUCAUGGAGAGACCCGACAAGGGAUUACCUGCCUCCAUCCUCAUGGAGAAGGCUGCCGGCAAAGUGGCCUGGUUUGUCGACGAUGAUGCAAUUAAAGACGUUGUGGGAAUAACAAAGAAACGCUACAAAUUCACCGCACUUAACAAAUGA